AUGGAUAGUAAGCGCGACAGGAACUACAAGUACUCGGCCGUCCACGGCGACGAGCCGGGUGAUGUGCCGAACAACGCGCCUGGCGACUCUGUAGCAAACAGACGGCCAAAGACACUCGUCAAGUUCGCAAUGGGCUCAACUUUGAUCGCCGCGGCUCUCUUCCUUGCCGUAGGGGGCCAUGCUUCUACAUGCUGCACCAAGAAGGCGACCUGCUCAGGUUCGCUCGGCACCUGGGGACAAUAUUCACCCUGGGCCCCUGCGCCGUCCGAGGUCGAUCCCGCAACCCCGUCCGAAUGCAAAGUGACAUUUGCUCAAAUCUUGUCGCGACACGGUUCCCGCGGACCGUCUGCUGAUAAAGGGGUCAAGUAUGCAGCCGUCGUCAAGGAGUUGCAGGACUCCAUCACCAAAUACACGCAAGGAUUCGAGUUCUUGAAAGAUUACAAGUACAACCUUAUUCCGGAUGAUCUGUCCCUGUAUGGUGAGGCUGAAAUGGUCGAAUCGGGCAAGCUCUUCUACAACCGCUACAAGGACUUGGCCUCGGAGACGGAGCCGUUUGUCAGAGCCUCAGGGUCUGGGCGCGUCAUCAUGUCGGCGCAAAACUUUACGCACGGCUACUAUGGAGCCCAAGGCCGUGACGGCGACGACUUCGCCUCGCGCGUCCUUGUUAUCCCCGAGGAAGAGGGAUACAACAACACUCUGGAGCACGGCAACUGCAAGUUGUUCGAAGACGGCCCUGGCAAAAAGGAGGGCAGCGCGAAGCAGAAGGAGUGGAAGGAUAUCUGGGUGCCUCCAGUGCAGAAGAGACUGAGCAAGAUGCUUCCCGGAGCCAAAUUUGACACUGACAGUACCGUCUACUUUAUGGAACUCUGCCCCUUUGAGACGGUCGCUUCACCCGAGCUGGCACUGUCUCCGUUUUGCCGCGCCUUUUCCGAGGAUGAGUGGCAAAACUACGAUUACUACCAGUCGCUGGAGAAGUGGUACGUGUACGGACCCGGCCGUGACCUCGCCUCGUCCCAGGGCGUCGGCUUCGUCAAUGAGCUCGUCGCGCGGCUCACGGGCAAGCCGGUGGAGGACCAUACGUCGACCAACUCGACGCUAGACGCGUCACCGGAGACGUUUCCGCUGGACCGCAAACUGUACGCUGACUUUAGCCACGACAACGGCAUGAUGACGGUGUUUACGGCGCUGCGUCUGUUCGAGGGCACAGAGAAGCUGUCGACGACGAAGCGCGAGUCGCCGGAGCAGCUGGGCGGGUACUCGGCCUCGCGCGCCGUGCCUUUUGGGGCGCGCAUGUACGUGGAGAAGAUGCAAUGCGGCGGUAGCGACGAGGAGCUGGUACGCAUCCUCCUCAACGACCGCGUGGUACCGCUACACGGAUGCGACGCGGAUAAGCUGGGGCGCUGCACCGUGGACAAGUUUGUCAAGUCCAUGUCGUUUGCCACGAGCGGCGGUGAAUGGAGUCGUUGUUGA